AUGUUUCUCUGGUAUUCGAUGAAUACAGCUGCUGACGGCCUACAGCUGUAUAAGGUGCGCAUCCCGACCCACGUCAAGCACGGCGAAGACGUGAACCUGGCCUGCCUGUACGACCUGGAGGGCAAGGACCUCUACUCCAUCAAGUGGUACAAGGACGGAAAGGAGUUUUAUAGAUACGAGCCAACCACGGGACAGCCAAAGAAGAGCUUCCCGCAACCGGGCAUCAAGGUCAAUCUGGCCGCCUCGAACGAGACGCACGUGCGGCUGGAGCAGACCACUCUACGCUACUCGGGCCGCUACAUGUGCGAGAUCUCCACCGAGGCGCCCAACUUCGCCACCGAGCAGGGCAAGGGACAAGUGCACGUCGUAGCGUUCCCAGCCGCCGGCCCGGCCAUCACCGGCGGCAAGACCCGCUACCAGGUGGGCGACCGGGUCAAGGUCAACUGCACCUCGCACAGGAGCAUGCCUGCCGCCAAUCUGACCUGGUUCAUCAACAACGAGGAGGCGGCGCUGGAGCACCUGAAGCUGUGGCCGCCCACCAUCCACGAGGACGGCCUGGAGUCGGUGACGGCCGGCCUCCAUUUCCGGGUGCGGCCACACCACUUCCAGCGCGGCAACAUCAAGCUCAAGUGCACGGCGCAGAUCGACCUGGUGCAGCCGCUGUACUGGCAGAGCCGCGAGGCCAGCGCCGUCGGCGACCGGCCGCCAGAGGUGUCGCACGUGCUCGACAGCACCGCCACCAACCGGAAAAGUUCGGGCUGCCCGCUGUGCCACGAGAUCGCCAACUGGGUGAUCCUGGUGGUGAGCGUAAUCCUGUCCCGAUGAGGCGCCGCUGCCAGCGCAGCCCGACCGGCGGCG